AUGGUGCUUGAAACAGACUUUGCAGACCUCGAGGAUGAAGAAAGAAGAAUCGCCGAUUUGUCAGCCGUCAAAGAAGGUAAAACGCUGAAACCACGGGAGGAACCCAAGCCUACCAGAAAAUUCAAGCCUAUCAAACUUGUCAAAUCCGAGGUCAAACCAGAAAAAGCAGAAACAGAUGUUAAAGAAGAACAGAAGGAAAACAAUCCGAUCCCACAAACCAACACAGGUUCAAUACCACAGCCCGAUAAAGAUUCAAUACCACCCACGGAGGAGGUUAAACUGAAGUUGCGACUCAAGAUAAUCAACCCAUUGAAACCUAACAUUCAAACAACCGAGUUAAAACCACCGUCUCAAGACACCAAAGCUCCAUCUCAAGAUUCCAAUAGAUUGGAUUUUGAGCUUCCCAAGCCCCCUCCCUUACGAAGGUCAUCCAGGCAAAAGUAG